CCGACCCCGACUCCCCUCCCCCCUCUCCCAAAUAUGUCCGACCUCUCCCAGCGCCUCGAGCGGGCGAGCAUCGAGGAGCACAUGGACGUGGGCGACCCCGAGGUCAUCAACAAGGUGUCGCCCCGCGGCGUCGAGGCCACGGGCGCCCCGCCCUUCAUCAAGCGCUCGUCGGCGACGGAGGACCUCUGGAGCGACCUCGGCGCGGCCCCCGCGGCCGCCGGCGGCCUCCCGCCCCCCGCGUCCCCGAGCGAGAAGCGCGCGAGCCCGACGUUCGCGGACGCCGAGGCCGUCCUCCGGUCGCACGCGGCCGUGCGCCGCCGGUCCCACGAGACCAUGAGGGUCGUCGCGGUCCCCGACGGCCGCGGCGGCACGCGCGUCGCCCUCGAGGUCCCGGCGCCCGAGCGCGCGCCCGCGGCGCCGGAAGGCGUCGGCUCGUCGAUCCUCGACGGCCUCGGCCGCGUCUCGUGCUGCGACCGGCCCCGGGCCGAGUCCCGCGACGUCGCCGCGCGGUCGUCCAACUUCUUCCGGUUCGCUUCCACGACGGCGCGCUGCUUGAGCGCCUUCGGCGACCCGUCCGCGGCCAACGCCUCCAACCGCGCGUCCAUCUGGCCGAGCGCCCGGACCUUCUCCGGCGCCCCGACGCCGUUGAGCGCCGCGACGACCCACUUCUGCAGCGCCGCGUCGUACUUCUGGCGGUUCGCCUUGCCCGCGCCGACGACGAGCGUCACGCGCACCAUGGCCGACAGCCGGUCCUCGCGCGGCGCGGCGAAGGCGUCCGUGAUGAGUUGCGUCACGCUCGCGGCGCUCGACAGCGAGCCGAGGUCGAACUCGUCGCUCUCGAGCAGGCUCCGCAUCUGGCCCGCGACGCCGUGGAACGACGCCAUCGCUGCGUUCGAGACGCGGCGCUCGACGGUGACGACGGCGCUGCGGGUGGCGAGCGGCCGCGGCCUUGUGCCAACUUACGACGACGAGGCGCGGCGCCUGGCCGAAUUGAUCGGCGGCGACAGCGACUCGGACGAGGAGGAGACGGAUGCGGACCGCCUGCGCAUGGCCCAGCUCCUCGGCCGGCGCGGCAUCUCCGACGAGGCCUCCGACGACGACGACGCGCCCGUCGUGACGACGCCGGCGCUCGUGCCGCGCGCGCCGCCGGCGCCGCCGCAGCUCGUCGUGCUGCCGCCCGAGGUGCGGAGCGGCACGAAGCGCAACCCCGAGGUCGGCGGCAUCGGCGCGACGACCGCCGAGGGCCCGGGCCUCGCGGCCGCGGCGCGCGACCGCGCGCGCGCCGCGGCCGCCGCGGCCGCGCCGUCGGGCGUCCACGGGCCCGAGCCGCCGCCGCCGCCGCGGCGCGCGCCGCCGCCGGAGCCCCUCGUCCAGCACCUCUUCGACCGCGCGCUGGACCGCGACGGCGACGCGACGUCGUCGGACGAGGACGUCGACGUCGCCCUGGGCCCCGACGCGGCGCCGGCGGGGUUCGCGGAGACGCCCGCGACCGUCCCCGACGAGCCCGUCGUCGCCGUGCCGGAGCCGCCGCCGCCGCCGGCGCCGGCGUCGACGUCGCGCCUCGCGCCCGAGCGGCGCGCGUCCGCGGCGCUCCUCGAGCGCAUCAACGACCGGCUCCACGCGCUCCAGAACGACGAGGCCGUCGACGAGGACGAGCUCGACCUCAGGCGCGACGCGCCCGUCGUCGUGGAGAGCGACGAGGACGCCGCGGUCUUCUGCCGCGCGGCCGCGCUCGCGCACGACGUCGCGACGGCCGGCGGCUGCGAGAUCGAGGUCGACUUCGUGUGGGAGAACGAGGCGCGCGACGACCCGCGGUCCGCGGGCCAGGCCCUCGCGAGCAUGGCGGGCCGCUUCGCGAAGAAGGGCGCGCCGCCGAGCCCGCCGCCGCCGGACAAGCCCUGGCGGCCCGCGGAGCCCGCGAUCCGCAACUUACCGCGCCGCGUGCAGCCGCGGCGGCGGCCGCCCUUCGAGUGCCCCGCGCGGCCGGCGCUCGCCCGGUGCUUCGUCGGCGGCCCGCCGGCCGACGACGCGGGCCUGCCCAACGGCACCUGGCGCUGGCUCAGCCCCUGGCAGGUCGACUCGCGCGUCCACGGCAGCGACCGCCGGUCGGCCGCCGACGCGCCGCCGGACGCGUGGCUCUACGCGCGCGCGUGGCCGCCGGACGACGUCGGCUACGACCACGUCGAGGAGAGCGCGAAGAAGGUGCGCUGCCGCCGCUGGGUGCGGCCGCGCGAGCGCGUCGCCGUCGCGCCCGUCGUCUCCGCGCUCCUCGACGCCGGAGCGCCCGCGGCGUUCCUCGCCGCGGAGUUCCGCCGCCGCGCCAGGGGCGACGUCCUCGACGUCGACGCGGCGCUCGCGGCGCUCCCGCCGAAGCCGGCGCCCGCGCCGGCGGCCGCGCCGCCGCCGCCGCCGCCGCCGCCGCCGCCGCCGGCCCGGUCGCCGCCGAGGACCGCGCCCGACCUCGGCGACGGCGUCACCAUCGACUACGUCUGGGAGAACCAGCGCUGGCGGCCGACGGGCGUCCAGGGCCAGGGCACCUGGGACAACGGCGCGCUCCUGCGCCGCGCGCCCUACGACGGCGGGUCCCGCGUCGAGCUCGGCCGCCUCUUCCGCAAGCACGGGGGCCCGCCGUCGAUGGAGGCGGAGCUCGUGCCCGAGGACUCGGGGCUGCCGCUCGACGGCGACGAGGGCAGGCGGUCGACGGCCUGGCGCUGGCUCGGGCCCUGGGUCGUCGACUCGCGGUCCUUCGGCGCCGAGCGCGUGCUCGGCGCCGACGAGCCGGAGCCCGGCGCCGACGGCUGGCUCUACGGCUUCGACUGGCCGCGCGACGGCGCGGGCUACGCGGCGCGGCCGACGCCGCGGUCCUUCGUCCGCUGCCGCCGCUGGGUCCGGCCCCGGGAGCCCCUCGACGCCGGCAAGCCGCCGAGCCGCUCCCACUCCGAGGAGGACGGCCUCAUCCCCAUCGACGACCCGGGCGCGCCGCCGCCGCCCCGCGCGUCGAACGUCAAGCUCUUCUCCUGAGUUUUCUUCUAUUUAAGACAUGUGAUUCC